UUCCUUUCAAACCUGCCAAUGUCAGUAGCAGAAGCACCGCGCGCUGGGUUCGCCGGAACUCCACUACCACCGGGAUGGACUGAACAUCGUGCACCUACAGGACAACCAUAUUGGUAUCAUUCGUACACUGGAAUGAGUAGCUGGACACCGCCGUUUAACGGACCAAGCGGGCCACCGACAAUGGGUCGCCCUACACAACCAUUCAGCUCUCCAAUCCCACAGCAACGACCGCCGGAGAAGGAGAAGCCUGCUGAGCGCAAAAAGAUCACAGGUACUGAAUGGCAACUGAUCACAACCAACCGUGGUAACGAAUUUUAUUACCACAAAAAGACAAAAACAUCAGUAUGGGAAAUGCCACAAGAACUUCAGGAUGCUAUUCGUGCUCUGAACGAAGAGAACAGUAAAAAGCGUAAGCUUGAAGAAGACGAGGAAAAUGAAGAUACAGAAUCAAAGAAAGCGAACACCGAAGAGGAGGAACCCACAGAGUUUACUGAGGAUGAUGUAUUGUGGCAGUUACAAGCUAUGCAGGAAGAGCAGGAGGAUGUGGAAAUGGAGCAAGCAGGCGAGGCCGAUGAAGCAAGUGAUAUGGAAGAUAGAUCAAGCGAUGUAGGCGAACCUUUAGACGGUGGGAAAGAUGGUGAUGAAGUUCCAGAUGAACAAGCAGUUGAAGCUUUUACGGAAUUGUUGAGUGAAAGCAACAUAUCGCCUUUCGCAACAUGGGAGAUGGAGCUUCCAAAGAUCAUUGGUGACGCGAGAUACAAAGCCAUCAAAUCAUUGUCACGGAAGAAGGCUCUAUUCGAUAAUUUCUGCAGAGUUUUAGUGCAGCAGAAGAAGAACAAGCAGCAAACUGAAAGCAAGAAGCAUGUUCCCACUCCGGAAGAAGCUUUCCAAGACUUGUUAGAUCGGGAAGUCACACGGCAUAUGUACUGGAGUGAUUUCAAGUACAAGUUCAAACGUGAAGCAGCAUACAUAGAUUUCCUGGAUAACAAGAAAAAGGAAAAAAUGUUCAAAGAGCAUAUCAAGGAGGUAGAAAAGCGAAAGGAGCGAUCAGCAGCUGCCGAGGAUGACUACAACGAUCUCUUGCGUGAAACGAGAGAAAUCAAUCCAAAGUCUCGAUGGAGAGAUAUCAAGAGGGUUUUAGAGAAAGAUGAUAGAUACCACGCCAUACGGUCGUCUCAUAAGCGAGAGGAUUUGUUCCGCGACUACCUGGAAGAUCUAGACAGAGACCGUCGGCGGCGAUCGAGGACGCGGUCAAGAGAAAGGUAAGCGAACACGUUAAUCUAUUUGAGGGGUAUACCGGUCCAUGUAGAAAUGUUCUAACACUCUU